AAGAACUUGCCUUGUGUCGGACGUGCGUGUUUUCCACUGGGCUUAUUGUUUGCAACCAUUGUAUAAAGAAAAAUGAUACGAAAAUUAACUCGAAACAAUCGGAAUAUAAUACAUUUACCUAUAUUAUAGUUAAUUAAAUGUGUACGAAACAAAGAACUGUGUUCAUCGCGUCGUAGGAAGCUGUUAGGUAGUCUAAAAUAAUGAAUUUAACACGCUGCGGCAAUCUUUCUAUUUGAAUUGUCGUGAACCUUGUUGUGGAAUCGAUUUUCAGAUGUUAUUAAUGAAAUUACUAAGGUGCUUGUGGUGAUAUUAUUUGUAAAAAGAACCUGCUUAGCUGGUCUCGCGUUACGGUGACUUUUCGACCGACGGCACUGGCGGGCUCCAAAUCGAUAGAGAUAAUAAAAAAUGCAUAUUUUGCCCAUGGUUUCAUAAAGGUUCCGUUCAAUACUGUGCCGGUACGAUUUUGCUACGGAAAGCUGUUCAGAAUUCUCAUUUGUUUGCAAACCGCAGUGCUAUUUAUUUAAUGGUAUCAAAGUUAUGGUGAUACUCAAACAUCGCGAAGAUUUUUUUCUCAGCGAACACGAUAAGGGUUUGAUUCCAGGGUGGUCCGCCGCCUUCAAACUGAUCAGAAGGUAGCACAUAGGUGGUGGAGCAAACGGAUGAGGCUCGAACAAGUCCGCAGUAGGACUCCGCAGAGACGCAAACCGAAGUCCCCAGUAUUAUGUGAUAGUGCGGUGGUAGUGCUAGUGUAGUGCUCGCUAUGGCUGUGCUCAACGUUCUGCGCGUGCGCGUCGGCGGCGUGCUGCUGAGGGUGGUGCUACUGUUGUCCUUGGCUGUUUACUCUUCUUAUGGCGGCGGCUGCACUUUCCCCGCCGAGUGGACCGGCAGCUGGUUCCAGUCGGGCUUCCCGGGCCUCAUCGCCAUCAACUCCACGCACAUACACUCCAAGGGCGAGUGCUCCGAGACUGAGGCCUACGACAAGUUCCUGCUGUACGACAGGUAUGUCUUCCCGGGCCUCAUCGCCAUCAACUCCACGCACAUACACUCCAAGGGCGAGUGCUCCGAGACUGAGGCCUACGACAAGUUCCUGCUGUACGACAGGUAUGUCUUCCCGGGCCUCAUCGCCAUCAACUCCACGCACAUACACUCCAAGGUCGAGUGCUCCGAGACUGAGGCCUACGACAAGUUCCUGCUGUACGACAGGACUUACGACUGCUACCGGUGUAUGGUGAUACACGAAAAGCACAAAUACGUUCUGCAGUAUAAAGAAACAUUCUGCAGCCCGAAAGACUCCCUGUCGACCAUCUGCGACGAGAUCAGCGGCGACGCGCCGCUCUACUCCAUGUUCAGGAAGGAGCCGCGGCCGGAGCCCGAGCCCUGCCCCUUCCACCCCGCGCCCUUCACCUUCACGUACAACAGGGGCUCCAGCGACUGCGCGUACCCGCCGUCGCGCGCCGAGUCGUGCACGGACGACUCGCGCCUGCUGCUGCGGUACAUGGCGUGCCCCGACGUGCCCGGCACCGAGAGCAACGUGGAAGAGUUAGUGUGCCUGGCCGUUUGGAAGGAGGGAUCGACUAGAUAUCUGGUGGGGCAGAUCUCACAGGUGCAGAGGAGAAACUCCAUCGCUUCUGAUGAAGAUACAUACAGAUGCUUCAUAUACAAAGGGCAGCACAGCGACAAGAGCACGUCGUACUUCAUAGCGCAGUCGGGCGACGCCACGUGCAACGGCCUGUCCUCGCCCACGGACGGCAGUCGCACCAUGAAACUUACCACCAGUGACGAUGAGCACAACCGCUGCCACUUCCCGAGCUGGAUCGUGGAUCACCACAAGUGGUUCAGUCUGGACCACACGCACCAGUACCACUUCACCACCAAGAAUGCGACGCUCAAGAUAAUGAACACGGACGGUACAUUUGAGGAGAAGCGCUUGGUGUGUCACUCGAUCUUGGGCCACAAAGACAAGAAGUUCAUCAAGUUGGUUGCUCAUGUCACUCGGGGAUGUGAAUCGGGCCACGUGUGCCUGAAGUUCUACCGGCGCGAGGGGAACGUGUUGGAGCUGCAGCAGGGCUCCGGCCUGUGGGAGUCGCCGCAGGACGCCUGCGCCGAGCCCGACAACCCGCCCUUCGUCACGUUGAUCACGACAUCGCUGACGCCGAUGCCGUGUCCGAUACAGGGCCGGUACAGCGUGCAGAGCUCGCUAGCUGACCGCCGCCUGCGCAGGCAGCAGCUGUCUUCUGUGGACUCGGAGUCGGAGUCAGCGGCGGAGUGCGUGGCCGGCGACUACGACAGCGCCAGCAUCGGCUGCGGGCAGGGACAGGACACCAUCGAGUUCAAGUCCUCCUGCACCAACACAGUGUACACGUGCUACGGCAGCUGGCGCGAGGGCGCGCGCGGGUUCGUGAUCGCGGCGCCGCUCGCCCGCCCGCCCGCGCGCCCGCGCACCUUCUGCUUCAGCUACACGCACCACAACGAGUCCGCGGGCGGCGCCGUGCGGCUGAGCGCCGUGCCGCGCGCGUGCGACCGCGACGCGCUGCCGGGCCGACACGGCGACAAGGCCUAUAACCUCACCAGCAACGGCACGUGCGAGCAGAGCAGCAAGUACAGCGUCGCGACGCGGCUCACGCCCGCCAUCACGCUCAUCGCGCUGCUGGUGGGCACCGCCUCCAGAUGAUAUGACCACUAGCCGCUAGAAGUGUCUCGGACGCUGACCACACAGACACAACACUAGGUUUAUUUUCAUUAUUGUGACGCGCCCAACUUGUAGUCCUCUCUGAGAUAAACUAAUUUAUUUAUGUUUUUAAUUUUAAUUCUACGUUAGACUGUCCUGUUGAUUCAAUAGCUCAGUUUCUGUGGACCAUUAAAGCCCAUGUUUGACUCUUGAUUCUAACAGAAUGUUAAGUCAACACCUUUAUAACUUUAUUUAUUGAUUUAUUAAUUUAUUUCUUGAGAAUACACAUUACACAGUAUAAUUAUGUAUUCGACCACUCCUGGCGUGCAACAGUUACAAAGACACGAAUAAUUAAAAUAAAAAAGACAAUAGUUAAAUCAAACAUAAUUUUGCGAAGACUGGCAUAAGAACUUUGGCUUACGGCAACAAGUGUACAAAAAGACGGUAGAAACGAGUAGUGAUCAGUGGCGUUACUAAAGGGUGGCAAAGCGAGACCCCAGCUAAAGAGACUCGUAAGUCUAAAUAAACAAAUACAAAUCUUUAUUGUUACAAGAUUUUAGCAAUAGAUUCGUUUAGAUCUUUUGGGCAUGAUGGAUAUCCGAGGACCACAAAAUUCGAAGAAUGUUAAUCAUUUCAUUUCAUCUGGUUCUAAAUAUUGAGAUUGAGGUUGGUCCUCAUUCGAGAAAUUCAACACAGGCCUCAAAAUUAUAGUUACCCCACUGGUUACAGUAACUCCAGUAAAAAUAGUCCAUCUGUUCUGGGAAUUCCGAUUUACUUAGGAUGUAGUGAUGGCACAUAAUGUAAGAUGUAUAUGACAAAACCUGUGAAUUCUAAUUAUUAUUUUUAGUGAUUUUGAUUUGUAUCAUAAACUGAAAGUUUUCAAAAGAAAUAACAUUUUCGUCAUGUAUUUUUUUCGGUAACGUGUAGGCCCCAAAUUUCAUCUAGAUGAGUAACAGAAUGAUCUUCAAUUCAUUCAAAGAACAGUUUUUUAUUCCUUUUCUUGAGAGAUACGGACAGAGAGCAAUUCUGUCGUGUCCUUGAGAAAACAAGGUGUUCUCUGUUUAGAGAACAACAUCACCUUGUUCUCGUGGAGAGAAAAAAUGUAGUUUGUAUUUUUUUUGAAGGUUGUAGUUUUUUUGAGGGAGGUUAAACCGCUUCGUAACGUAACGUGUUACGGCACCACUAUGUCUGAUUUCGUUACACUCACGCAUAUGCCAGCAAGUUUAUUGCGUUACUGACAGGUCGUGAUCAAAUGGACGAUGUAACUUCUGACUUGUGUACAAGGUUGUUGAACUGCGCUGUUUCAAGGUUAUGCUAACAGUUUGUCUUUGCAGUGAUGAGGCAAAAAACGAUGCAAUUGUAAUUGUGUGUUCCAUUCGAUCACAACCUGUCAAAAACGCAAUCCCUAAACAGUCGGAUAUUAAGUUAUCUCUUCUGUCGAGCGUUCCAAGACACACACGUUUUUUUUUAAUGGUGAGAUAAGACAGUAGGUACUAUUAAAUUCUUUUCACUGUACACAAGUUAGUUUGUAACUUCCAUGUUUUAUAGAUAUAGAACUACAAGUUUGGCGCUACCGUAUAUCAGUGUUCAUUAAUAAGUAUUUUAAUUCUUUUGACGAUACUUUACAUUUUUGAUUUUCAUGUUUUCGUCAGACCCGCAAAUAUAUUCUUGACUUGUUAGGUAGUAUGACGUUUAUUAAAUUAUCAAUUGUUAACGUAAUCCCAAAAAAAAAUACGUUAAGAUAUAUAAAAAAAAAUUGUCUUCUACCGGUCUCGACAUUAUCAGAGACCUAUGUUAUACGCGAUAUCGUGUUCUAGGAAUGGAUUUGGGCGAUCGAAAUUGAUCGGAAUGGAUAGAAAUUCUAAAAUAGCGUAAACAAUACGUUGGCUUUGAUUGUGAUAAUAAGGGAGAUAAUUUUAAACCGCUAGGGGCUUGUAAUAUACCAUGAAUACUCGGUUAUAUUUGAAUGAUACUUUGAAGUACUUCACUCAACUGCUAGGAGCGUUGUUGUCAUGCAAAUAUUUCACGGGAACUUUGAAUAUACACCGCGCGCAUAGUUGGUUACUCAAAGACGCUUGGACCGAUUUCAAAAAUUCUUUUUUUGUUUGAAACGGUAUAGUCCCCAUUUGGUCCCAUUGCCAUCAUGUCAAGGCUUAGCACCGCCUUCAUACUGAUCAGCAGGUAGAACGUAUUAUGAUGUUAUUUAUCGCUUUUUUUGUUUAGUGGGUACGUUUUUAGGUUUUGAAGUCGGUUGUAUUUUUUUUAUUAAAUUUUUUUCUUUCUUACUUUCUUAUUUCUUGAUAAAUUAUAUCCACAAUCUGUCUCAAAGACACACGGAUUUAUUAUAUAAUGAUUUUUCAUUUAUUUUGAUGAACUUCCGCAAAGUAACGCCUGCUUCUAUCCAACACGGAUUUAUGUUUUACUAGAUUCCGUCGUCUAUCCAAGUCGCUAAGUACCAAUGUUAUUUUAUUUCAUAAAAAAUAGUAUACGUAUUAAAGUGUUUAAAUUGAGGGUAUAUUCUAGUUACUAAAUAGUUUGUCUACUAUUUUAAAUUUUAAUGAAAUCAAAGUUUUGUUUACAAUAGCCAUUAACCCUAAUGACGCUAUGCAAUUGAAAUUAUUUUGUAAUUGGAUGUCCCAAAAUAUCUAACUCUCGUGACGUUAUCAUACGAAUAGGUUGCAGUAAUUGGUUUGGUUUCAUACAAGUGACUUUUAGCUAAAUAUAAGUCCGUGGUUGCGCUAAAGUAAUAGACGCCUAGAAGUUGGUGGACACAGGGUGUCCGCAAUUCAUCUUUAACCAUCAUUAACAGUCGAAUUCAUAGACAUACGGGCACCCCUAGGGGGCAAUUCGCUGAGUGUCGAAUUCUCAAACGCAUAGAGUUUAAAGUCGACACUCAGCGGGUGAAAAAUCCCCUGGGGGCACCCCCACAACGUCUACGAAUUCCACUGUGAGAGUCACUGCUUGACAUAUGCCUCAUGUAUAAAGUGGAGCCGCCAGCAUCCAGCGGCUCCCUGCAACCAAUCAACACUGAGGUUUCCGGUGCGAGUCCCCAUUUAACCUUAGGACCCCAUAGGCUCUUCAAACCAUGUGCCCCGCCCAUUGGCACUUCAGCUAGCAUACAAUGACUGCAGACCAAUUAUUUGCGCUCGGUGUAUAAUCAUUGCAGUACUAACUUCUUGCGUUGUGUUUUGGCAGCUUUUUAUGUUUUAUUAUGUUUUAUUUAGAUAAUAAUAUUGAUUGCGUAUUGUUAAUACGUACCUAUUUAUUGAUUACUUGUCUAUAUUACAAUAUUGUUGUGACUGUUUUGGAAAAAUUUAAUUGUACCAGUAGACAGUAUCCAGUGAUUUCAGAACAAUCGAGGCUGAUUGAAUUGAGCACAAAAUAUGUUUUUGUGUUCCCAAAUCGCAUAUUUUAUUUGGUUCUAAAAAUCUUCAAAACAGUUACAACUCCUUUCUAUAGGGCUUUUAAGUGACUUAAAAUUAUUUAUCUAUGCACAUAAAAUUACUAUUCGACGAUUUACAACCGAUUUUAGAAGUCAUAAUCGGUCGUUGACAAAUCGGUCAUGCAUGAUAUGUUAAAUGUGUUUACGUGUGUAGAUAAAUCGGCCCGUUUCCUACAUUAUUAUUAUUAUUGUAAUAAUUUUAGGUUAGGUCGGGAACUAAACAGAGUUGAACAGAAACGAAGUUACGUGAUCAAAUUGUAAAUAUAAGAUGGUAUUAGAGAAUAAAUUAAAUAUGCAUUUAUGGAACUUGUUGCAACUUUCAGAUUGACGAUCGCAUUAUUUUACAAAUAAAUAUGUGAAUAAGUGUUUUAUUGUAACAGUUUCCCCGAUUAUUUUGUUUAAAAGUUAUCAAUAAUAAACGACAAGAGAAGAUAAUAAAAAAAUAGUUUGAAAACAGAGGAAAAUAAAUAUGUAGUCUAUUUAUAAGCAGUACUUAUGGAUAGAUAUCCAAAAACAUUAAAACUAUUUUAUUAUAAGGUUAUAAUAAAAUAAUUUUAAAUGUUUUUUUUUUCACAUUUUAAGCAAGUAUGAAGUAUAAAUUACCAUUUCAAAAAUGUAGAAUCACAUAACGAAGUUAUAUUUGAUGUAGGAGUUAGAAUUAGUAAAAUAUAAUCCACAAUAUACUUUUGUAUGAAGGUUCCUAUGAAUUCCCGUAUAUUCAUAGGUUCUUUAAACAUCUUUCUGUUGAAAUAUAUACCAUUCACAUUGGGCCCCAAUUAAUUUUGAUACAGGGACCCUCCAAGACACGUUAUUAAGUUUUAACUGUGACUCAGUUAUAUAUAAAAUAAAGUAUGUAUAAUCGCCAAUCUGACUGUUGUCUGUGUAUUUUUUGAACUUAAUAUCCCGCGUCUUUGAAAAAGAUCGACGCCUCGUCCCCCAUUUUGUACUUUUCGGGACUUUGUACAUGUAUAUUAUUUAUAGGAAAAAACGCUUUUCAGGUAUACAUAAUACUUAUAUAUGGUAUAUUAUGAAAGAUUAAAAAUAAGUCUAAAAAUAAAUAGAUAGACAUAAAUGUAGAGAAAUUGUGCUCAGCAGUGUUUUUAAUGUCCAUUUAGUUAUCAGUUGCGUGUUUUUUUUUGUGUACUGAAAAGUAAAAAAAUAUUUUUUAUAGUUUGUGCAUUUUCGUUUGCGAGAGCCUGUAUGAGAAUGUUCUGUACUUUUUGUAUUUAUAUUUAGUUUAUAUCAGCGACUUGUACCUUCCUUAUAUUUUUAUUUUAUGAUAUUUAUUUUAUUGUAAUGAAAUUACUGAAUUUUACGCAGAAAUAAGACGUCAAAAUUCUGUAUCUUUAUUUUAUUGUUGACAAGAUUUGCCUUCUUGCCACUUUUUAAAGGUAAAUCUUUCAUUAUACUUUAUUCAUGAAUCAUGGGGUAAAAUAAUGUAACUCAAUUUAUAAUAUGUUUAAUGGAAAUUGGGAAUCUUCGUUUGAAAGACAUUUAAAUUGAUUUUUAGACGCAUUUGAGAUUACGAUCCUGUGACGUCAUUUUCCUGUUAUUUACUCGUAUUAAGUACGAUACGUUGUCGGCCAUUUUUGUUCAGUUAGCUUGUUUGUAACGCUUCAGGCAAACACUGCUAUACAUAAAUCUGACCAAUAGUAGUUAAAAAUGUAAUUGCUCAUAAAAAUAGUGUGGAAUUUUAUUUGUGAUAUAAAAAAUUACUUAAGAAUGAUUAAAAAAUUAAAUAAUUAGUUAUGUACAUAUUCACUAGACUCGAGUUCCUGACUUCGUGUUUCUUUUCCGACAUUCUUUUGUGAUAAUCAUUUUCGAGUUACUGGAAAUACAUAGUUGUAAGUGAAUUGACAAAUGCUUGCCUACAUACACAAAACUAUUAUUUUAAAUGGAAAAAAAUAUAAAAGUAGCCGAAAAAUGAUAUUGUAAAUAAAAACUUAGUUCAUAAUUUAUAUACAAUCGAUAUUUUAUAAGUGUAACGCAUUUUUUAAAUACAGGACGAGAAGUAUUAAUUUUUAAAAAUAACCGAAGAUAAUAAAUAGCGUUAGAUAUAUUGAAUUGAAAUUAAAAAAAAAAUAUAAAGGAUUAUCUGGCAGCCAUUUUUUAAAUAAAAGUGUUAUAAAAUGCACAAUAUAUUAAAGUAAUUUUCACGAUUUAGCAUAUAAGGCAGCUUUUGUUGGUUUACGUUUUAUUUAUUAUUAAAGUAAGCGAAAAUUUUUCACAUUGUGAAUAUAUUGCACAGAAGAUUAAUGUAAAAAAAAUAUUACGUAAUACUCUAUGGGAAUUGUAUUUUAUCCGCUUGUAAAUAUAUUAUUUUUGGGCCACAGACCUAUUUUUUUUUCUAAUUCUUUUGUCAGCCUCAGAAAACGUUUUGUAUAGCUGGUAAAGCCUCAAUAUAUUUUUUUGGAAAUAAUUUCGGCUCUCGGUUCGUGUAAACGAUUGAUCAUGCCAUGGGAUACGAUUGUAACUACUAACGUGUAAGCCUAUUAUUAUAUUUUGAUUACUGAAAUAUAUUUAAAAAUCAA